GUACCGGUCAAACUCGCCCAUGGUCUAAAUUCGUCAUUCGAAGUUGGCCAAACCUUCAGGAAUCAACCGGUGCAACUUUCAGAGAUUGGGGAGUGUCGGCAGAUGGAAUCCAAGAGGACUUGGACUGUAGUGGUUGGAAUUGCAGAGAUGCCGAAGGAACAUUUCCAAGACAGAACACGACAAAGGCGCAGCCUCCUACGCAAGAUGACAAGGCAGAGCCAGUCAGGGCUUUGGCCAGGUCAUGGCCAUGUGCCAACAGAAUGGGGGGAUGCCUUUCCUCCCAGGCAUGUUUCCAUUCGCCCUUCCAGGCGCUGGACGAUGCCCCUUCAAGCUCCGAUGGCAGUGACGCCAUUCCAGACGCCGGUGCCACAACCAUCACCUUUCCAGCCGCAGCUGGUCAGCACCAUGGCACCUGUUAACUUGACUGGUGCACUCAACGCCACAGGGCCGUCGCGUCCCCCGCAAGGUACAAAUCCGCUAAUCACUCCCGAUGGUCACUGCGUCUCAGUUGAAAGCGGAGAUGACGAGUGGGACCUUCCAAAGGCCCACAAGAAAAAGAAGGGAAAAACUAUCCGCCCAGCAACUUCCCGAAACUCCGCCUUCGAAAGGCUGGGGGAAAGGGAAGAGAGCCAGAGAAAAUCAGCCAAGCUAAGGCUGGGGCAAAGCGUUGCCCAUGUCAGCGCAUUCGCCCGGUUAGGCGAGAUGAGGGAGGCCGAGCCUGCCCGCACCCAACGCACCCAGUCAAACCGGCAGGAGCCAGCCAGGACGAGGGCCUCUCGCCAGGAGGAAGAGGCGGAAAGCCAACCCAGGGUACCGGUGGCUAACCGGUUAACCACCCCCAAUGAUCGCGUCCAACAGAUGGAGGCAAAGCUGGAGAGGCUGGAGAAGAAGGUCGGGGAGAAGAAUGACCGGGACAAACCCCUCGCAGGGUCCCCGUUCACCACAAGGGUCCAUCUGACACCUUUCCCGCGAAAGGUUAAGAUAGACGCCCCAAGGUUCACCGGUAAGGAGGACCCAGAAAUCCACCUGGACUCCUUCAAUCAGAGUGCAACCAUGAACGGUUGCACAGAUGAAGAAAACGACUUGGCCUCGAAGUUCAAGACCAAGUUCCAGGAGAACUGUACCAAGAGGAAGAAAUUCAUCUAUCUUAGUACAGCCGGGCAGAGGGAAUCUGAGAACCUCACCCAAUUCCUUACCCGGUGGAAGGAGGAGGUAGACAAGGUUGAGGAGAUGGAUGACAAGACAGUGUUGUCCCUCCUCCUAAAUGGUUUGCGAGCUGGGGAACUUUACAAGGAGUUCUGCCGGAAACCCCCGGCCACAUAUCAGGAAGCAUACCAUACUGCAUGGGAGUUCGCCGAGGCGGAAACUCAACUCCGGGCGAAGAAAGAAGCCGAGCAUGGUUACAAGCCCAAACCGGUGCAAGUCAAGAAGGAGGAAGUGCCGGUACCCAGCCGGCCAAGGCACCACUAUGACCCGGUAGUCCGAGUGGUCAAUUCAAAAGAAUGCCAGGAGAUCAGGAAAGCACUGGUCAAUCCUCCGGACAAUCCUACCGGUCAAGCUGGGCGUCAGUGGUCGGGCACCUAUUGUUCAUACCAUAGGUCAGAUUCCCAUAGCACUUCCGAAUGCAAGAGUGUUAAGGGGGUAAUCCGGCAGAUGAUAGACAGCGGAGAACUGGGCAAGGAUUAUCUGCAGAAAGCCCAGGAGAAGAACCAUCAAUGGGUAAGGCCAGCGACCCAGGGAAAUGACCGGGACAAUGACCGGCGGAGGAACAACCGGCAAAGGGAGCAACAACCUGCCCCUGAAAAAGAACAUAUUGGGAUGAUCUUUGGCGGACCCGAAGGAGGAGAUUCGGCCGCGCAGCGAAAAAACUGGGUUCGCAGCAUUUACGUUGGUGAGGUGAAUGCCGAACCGGCCAGGCGUAAGUAUCCCAGGAGGGAGCCAAUAGUCUUCACUGAACGCGACCUCCCUCCUGCCGGUGAAGAUCACAAUGAUCCAUUGGUCAUCACCAUGGACAUCAACGGGGUGGACGUCGCCCGGGUACUUGUUGACACCGGCAGCAGUGUCAACAUCCUCUACCUGGAGACCUUCCAAAAACUCAGGUUGUGUCGGACACAACUUGAACCCCUCAAAACUCCUCUCUCAGGCUUCACGGGAGACACGGUGGAAGCUGAAGGGUCCAUAGUUCUACCGGUCGAACUAGGAUCGGGCGAGAAGACCGUGUGGAAGAAGAUGCAGUUCAUCGUUGUGGACAUCAAAUGCGUCCACAACGCCAUCCUUGGAAGGCCUGGCAUCAACAAGGUCGGGGCGGUGAUUUCCAUGCCUCACCUGUGCAUGAGGUUCCACACUCCAGGCGGUGUGGGAGAAGUGAGGGGCGACCAGAGGAAUGCCCGGGAGUGCUAUGCCCAGGCAGUCAAGAAAAUGACCAAGGGGGUCAACGUCAUCUCCCAAGAAAUCACCAAGGGAGAAACCCGGGAGAAACGGGAGCCUGAAGCUGAGACGGUGGAGAUUGAACUUCGCCCGGGUGAUUCAUCAAGGAUGGUCAGAAUUGGAGCAAACCUCCCAGAAGAUCUCAAUGAAGAGAUUACGCGGGUGCUCCAAGAAUACGCGGGCAUAUUCGCAUGGAGCGUGGCGGAUAUGCCCGGGAUAGACCGCUCAAUCAUCUGCCACCGGCUGGCAGUGAGGGAUGGAAAUGAACCGGUCAACAAACCCGCUGAGCAAUGGUGGGAGAUGGCGGUACACGGGGCAUCUGGCCCUAGAGGAUGUGGGGGUGGUAUCGUAUUUACCACCCCAGAAGGGUUCAAGAUUUACCAUGCAAUCGUCUUCAACUUUAAGUUGACGAACAACGAAGCAGAGUAUGAGGCUCUUGCUGGAGGGCUCAGACUUGCCCAAGCACUGAAGAUCAACCGGGUCAGUAUCAAAUCUGAUUCCAGUUUGAUCGUUGGCCAAGUGACCGGUAACAUGGAAACCAGAGAAGGGCGAAUGGCGCAAUACAAGGACCUGGUGCUUGCCUUGUUGAAAAGCUUCGAGGAAUUCAAGAUUGCCCAAAUCCCCCGGGCAGAGAACGCGGAUGCAGACCUUCUCUCCAAGUUGACGCAAUAUGCCCCCGAGCACGUUUCAAAACUUGCCCGGGUAGAAAUUCUUGAUCAUGCCAGCAUUGAAAAAUUGGAAGUAGCCGCCAUAACAGAAGCAGGCCAAUCUGACCGGUCAAACUUGGUCGGGGCGGAUGACCACUGGAUGUAUGAUCUGAUGGAGUAUCUGAUGCACGGGACCUUGCCGGAACAAGAUGACCGGGCAAGAAAAGUAAAGCUCAGAGCACCCCGAUUUCAAGUCCUUGAUGGGAAGCUGUACAAAAGGGCAUUUGGAGGACCACUCCUGAGAUGUCUAACCAAUCGGGAGGCUGAACGGGUCAUAGCAGAAGUCCAUGAAGGUGUAUGCGCGGCGCAUCAUAUGUCCCGCACUCUUUCUCAGCGCAUCAUCUUGUUGGGGUAUUACUGGCCAACAAUUGUCCAGGAUUGCGAGAGGUACGUCCAGAAGUGCAGAACGUGCCAAGUGUUCUACAAGUACCCCGGUAGGCCGGCGACCUACUAUCACCCCGUAUCAAACAAGCGGCUGGGGGAAGCAGGAAACAAAUGGCUUGAAGAACUUCCGCACAUCGUAUGGGCAUUCCGAGUAGCGCCCAGGAGGGCUCAUGGGGAAACUCCGUUCUCCCUAACUUAUGGGUGUGAAGCAAGGCUGCCCAUCGAAGCUGAAUUCCCAACGUUUCGGGAAUCAAAUUAUCAACCCCAGCAAAAUGAAGAGGACCAUCUAGCCGAGCUCAACUUGGUCGAAGAGCGGAGAAUGGCCGCGGAAGUUAAAAUGAGCACAUAUCAACAAGUCGUGAAGAAGUACCACGACAACAAGGUUGGACCGCGAUACUUUCAAGUCGGCGAUGAAGUCCUGCGAAGAAGGGAGGCUAGUAGACCGGGAGACGGAGGAAAGCUGGCCAAAAACUGGGAAGGGCCUUACCGGGUUAGAGCUAUCAUUCGUCCGGGAACCUACCGGUUAGAAACUCUUGAAGGUGUACCGGUAGAAAGAACCUGGAAUUCCCAUCAUCUUCGCAAGUUCUACAAAUGAUUGUAAUGCUAGGCAAGACCUACUUUAUUAUCAAUCAGACCAAUGACAUUCAAUACUCUACAUGGUAGCAGCAAAAUUGAUAGGUCGAACCUAUCCUAGGAGGGCUUCCCGGGUGGAUCGGAUCCACUCGGAUAAGCCAACUGAGACACAGG